CUGUUAAUGCAUGACUUUGCCCUAUUACAUAACAUGUAACAUUGCUUAACAAUGUUGACACCCAGGAAGUGACAUCAUUUGGAUCUUUUUACAGCAUGGCAUGAAGACAAGUAAAAAAAAUAAUAAUACAGAUAUAAUUGUGUAAACUGCAUUCAUCAAACUGAACUAUUCAACCCUGUUAAGUUACUAUAAGAAGAAAAUCUAACAACAUCUUCACAAGUUUAUCAAUAGCCAAAAACCAACAAUUGGUUCCCAUCUGGUUAGACCCUCCUGAGUGAUAAUUUAGGCCCGAUUAUGUAACCUGUUCAUGGACAGUGCCAUCUAAAUCACAAGUCUGCCAAAAUUUGCUCUAACAUUAAAGGGAAGUAUUUAAACAAGUGGAAAAAUAACUUGGUAAGCAUGAUAACGAUGCUUUCUUUCUCUCCUUGUCUUGGAAAACAGGCAGGUUGGUCACAACUGAUGUAAAGAUAACCCUGUCUAUGCAGUAAGUGUCACUGUUAUCUCGUCUGUAGUUUUAUGCCCACAUUUAUGACUGUAGCCUGCUGUCCACGCCCUCUCGCUCUCAGUCGCAGCCAUCCAGAUCCUGCUGUACAUUGAGAGGAGAAGCAACACAACGCAUACAGGGACUCACAGGUUUUUGAUAAUGGAGAAAGACUACUCACCCCCGCAUUAUUCUAGUCCUCAUAUGGACCAGACAGGCAUAAACUACCCUGGGCAGCAGGCAGCAUACCCAUCUCAAGCAGGUCCACAAGCUGCACCUUCCCAGCCACCUCCAUAUGGGUUUGGGUAUCCAACCAUCACUAUCCAGCCCACGAUGGUCCCUAUAGUUGCCCAGAUGGCGGUCGUGAAUCUCACUGAUAUGCCAGGCCGCAUUACCUGUCCUCACUGCAUGACGGACAUCAUCACGGAAAUCGAAUAUAUGAAUGGAUUGCUCACCUGGUUAAUCUUCGGAAGCCUUGUGAUUUUUGUGUGCUGGCUCUGUUGUUGCAUCCCGUUCUGUGUGGACGCAUGCAAGGAUGUGAAACACACCUGUCCAAAUUGCAAGAACAUAAUCCACAUUUACAAACGUUUGUAGCACAUGCUGCACCAGAGAACAUGAUGAAACCAUCAAAAAACUGAGAACUCCUUGCCCAGAAAUAAAUUUUUGCAUUAUGUUACCCUAUUACAAAGUUUUGGUGACCGAAGAUAUGUCUUUUGUUCUUCUGUACACAACUACUACAAAGUCUAUUAACUUACCUUUUGUUGCAAUAUCUCUAUCCAAUCCAUUCGUAUAUUUCAUAUGGGAGUUAAUGAGUUUAUAUUUUGAAAUCCUGUAGAACAGAUGCAUAGAUUAAAUCACAACCUGACAAAUGUGUAGAACAAUAGUUUAGACAGAUAUUUCUAGUAAUAGAAUUACACUUUCUCUGGAAGGAUGCCGCAUGCUUUCC